AUGGCAAGACCAAGAAAGAAUAAAAGUACUUCAAAGGGUCGAGAAUCCAAAGUAGCCGAUCUAAAGUUCAAAUAUGACCUGUUGACUAAUGAGUUGUUUCAUUUGAAAGAAUUUGUAAGUUUAGAAGAUUUUGAUCCUACGUACAAUAAUGAGACAGAAAGUUUCAACAGAUUUCUAAUUAAAGAAAGCUUAUUGUUAAAUAAUGACGAUAAACAACAACCCGAUGAGAAUAACAGAGUACGAAGGCGUCAAUUACGUGCUAGUACUGUUUCGACUGCAAAUGAAGAAGAAGAUAAAAUAAGUUCAAAACUUGAUGAAAUUUCGAAGAUGGUACAGGACAAAUAUGAGGAAUUAAAAAAUGAUCUCAAAUUAGAGCAAAAUAACAUGAUAAAAACUGAAAGCUCUACUUCUGCUGUACCAAAAUUAGUGAAGAAGUCUACGACUAAAAACAAUAAGCAAUUGAUGUCUCCAAAAGCUUCGCCAGUGAAAAGGAAAUAUAAUCAUCGUAUAAAAGAAAAAGUGGAAUACGAAAAGGAACAGAUCCCAGAUAAUAAUGCUGGUGAUGAGUAUUAUUUUACUACCUCUUCAGAAGAAGAAAUCAGACCAAAAACUAAUAGAAGAAGGAAACGACCUCGUGUCCGUCUUACUGUGCAUCCUCCAAAACAGACAAUAACCAACCCAUUGCAUGUAUUAGCACCUAAAUUCAUCUCAUUUAAGGAGUAUUUAAACUCUUUCAGGUCAAUGGAUGAAGAUAUGUCCAUUGAAGAUUACAGAAAGUUUAUUCACGAACAGAAAAUGACUUUUUUAAACAUUAAAAAAGGAUUAGAAAGUGGUGCCUUAAAGUAUGAUCCUUCAACAGAUUCUUUGCAACCCGUCACCAUAAAGGAUGCAAGUUUAGGUCAGUCAAUUAAACCUGAUCCAGUUUUAUGCAUUCUCAAGGAGCAACAUAUACACACGCAUAGAGACUAUUUGCUGAAUCAAGGUAUUCAUAUGAGUAAAAUGUUUCAGAAUUCAAGAAGAGCUAGAAUUGCAAGAGCAAAGAAGGUGUCGCAAAUGAUUGAACAACAUUUUAGGCAUAUCGCAGGUGCUGAAGAGAGAAAGGAAAAGGAUGAGGAACGUCAUAAGAAGGCGCUUGCCAGAGCUACUAUGCAGGCCGUUAAGAAAAGGUGGACUAUCGCCGAAAAGGCAUUUAGAGUACUGAAGAAAGACGAAGAAGAACAGUUACAAAGAAUUCAAGGUAAAAAGCAUCUAUCGAAGAUUUUAGAGCAGAGUAGUCAACUAUUGGGUGCUCAAUUGAACCAGAAUGUCAAUGACACUUCAGAGAAUGAAAUAUCUGAAGAUAGACAAAAUAAGUCUGAUGUUGCUGAGCUUACCGGCACAUCAGAUGAUGAAGAGGACGAUAUUCUAACGUCAUCAAGUGAAGAGGGGGAUGUAAUUAUUUCUGCUUCGGAAAGGUCAACAACAGCUGACGAAUCCUUGACGGUGAACGAAUUGAAAGAAAAGUACUUGGAACCAGAGUCGGCUAUACUACUUCCUAAUUCUACUGUUGAAGAUGGCCAAAACUUGUCGCAAGUAAGUGAUGAAACUAACAUUGAAAAAAUAGAAGACCUAAAAGAGACUUCCGUUGGACUGAGUGCCCUGAUUACUUCCGGUGAAAAGGAUGCAGAACUCAGUGAUAGCGAAGAUUUCGAAUUGGCAAGUUCUGAAGGCAGUGACAGUAGCGAAAACUUAACAGAGGACUCAGAUUCAGAACUUUCUGAUGAAGACGCUUCCUCGAAGGAUGUAGCAGAUGAAUCCAAUGUGACGGCUGCCGAAGAAGAUUCGUCUGCUAUUGGUGAUUCCAAUAAACUUGACUUAAUGAAGGAUGAGCAACAUCUAAAUAUUGUUGAUGUUCCUGUCCCAAGUUUGCUACGGGGGACAUUGAGAACAUAUCAAAAGCAAGGUCUUAAUUGGUUGGCUUCAUUAUAUAACAAUAAUACCAGUGGUAUUUUGGCCGAUGAAAUGGGUCUGGGAAAGACUAUUCAAACUAUUUCGCUUCUAGCAUAUUUAGCAUGCGAAAAGCAAAUAUGGGGUCCACAUUUGAUCAUUGUUCCGACGUCUGUUCUAUUGAACUGGGAGAUGGAAUUUAAAAGAUUUGCACCCGGACUGAAAGUUCUAACUUACUAUGGGUCUCCACAACAACGGAAAGAGAAAAGGAAAGGGUGGAAUAAGCCAGAUGCUUUUCAUGUCUGCAUCGUUUCCUAUCAAUUAGUUGUUCAAGAUCAGCAUUCUUUCAAAAGAAAGAAAUGGCAGUAUAUGGUACUAGAUGAGGCGCACAAUAUCAAAAAUUUCCGUUCAACCAGGUGGCAGGCACUAUUAAACUUUAAUACCCAGAGAAGAUUAUUGCUUACAGGUACUCCAUUGCAAAACAACUUGGCAGAAUUAUGGUCUUUGCUCUAUUUCUUAAUGCCUAAAACAAUGAUAAAUGGUAAAAAGGUUUCUGGUUUUGCUGAUCUAGAUGCAUUUCAGAGAUGGUUUGGUCAUUCAGUUAAUAAAAUUGUAGAGGCUGGAGCGGGUCCUGGUAAGGAUGAUGAAAUGCAGCAAACUGUAACAAAAUUACAUCAAAUUUUACGUCCCUAUUUAUUGAGAAGAUUAAAGGCAGAUGUUGAGAAACAGAUGCCUGCCAAAUACGAACAUGUUAUUUAUUGUCGAUUAUCAAAGAGACAGAGGUUUUUGUACGAUGAUUUCAUGGCGAGGGCUCAAACAAAAGAAACGUUAGCAAGCGGUAACUUCAUGUCAAUUGUCAACUGUUUAAUGCAACUGAGAAAAGUGUGUAAUCAUCCAGAUUUAUUUGAGGUUAGACCUAUUCUGACAUCACUGGAUGUUGGUUUAUCUGUUCCCCAUCGUUAUAUUGACAUGAACAAUAGGAUUAAAAAGUUAUUUGAGCAAAAUAGGGAGUCUAUAAACUUGAACUCUUUGAAUCUCAUGUUUACAAACAAUGAAACCAAGAUAACGACAUAUACUUCUGAAAGUGUUUCGAAGUUAAAAUGUGUAGAGGAAUUUGUUGAGCAAGUGAAUGGUCUGAGAAAGGAGUCUCAAAAGCAACUCUGGAACAAAUCAGAGAAUUUAGCAUUUUCCUUUCAAAAUAUAACCCAAGUGCAUAGAAAACUGAACGAACGAAAGAUACAGGAUGUCAUUGAUAAGAUUGAAUUUCGAAAAUAUAUUAACAUAUUGCGGUCUGAGAAAAAACCAAUUUUUGGCGUUAAUCUUCUCAAUUUAUUGACUGUAGCAGAUUCUGUAAAUAAUGAACAGACAGAGCAAUUGAUAACUCCUUUACAAACAAGAAUUUAUUCCAGCAAUAAAGUUAUAGAGAAAUUUGCGGUAAUAACACCAAAAGCAGUUGCUCUGGAUUUAAGAAAUCUGUCUUUAGGGUUGAACAAUGAAAGUUUGAUUCAGGAAUCAACAAAAGCAUGCUUGCAGUCGGAUUUUUUUGCAAUGAAUAAUCCAUUCCAUCAGCUACAGACAAAAUUAACAAUAGGAUUCCCCGACAAAUCCCUUCUUCAGUACGAUUGUGGUAAGCUGCAAAAGUUAGCCUCACUAUUACAGAAUUUGAAGGAUAAUGGACACCGUGCCUUAAUUUUCACUCAAAUGACAAAAGUUUUAGAUAUUCUUGAACAAUUUCUCAAUUAUCACGGCUAUCUUUAUAUGAGAUUAGACGGUGCUACGAGGAUUGAAGAUCGUCAGAUAUUGACAGAAAGAUUCAACAAUGACCCCAGAGUUACCGUUUUUAUUUUAUCCAGUAGAUCUGGUGGUCUAGGUAUCAAUUUGACAGGUGCAGAUACCGUCAUUUUUUAUGACUCUGAUUGGAAUCCAGCUAUGGACAAGCAAUGUCAAGAUCGUUGUCAUAGAAUUGGUCAGACUCGUGAUGUUCAUAUUUAUAGAUUUGUGAGUGAGCAUACCAUUGAGAGUAACAUCCUCAAAAAAGCAAACCAAAAACGGGAACUAGAUAAUAUUGUUAUUCAAAAAGGUGAUUUCACGACAGAUUACUUUAGUAAAAUGUCAAUUACAGAUCUUUUUGGUGCAGAAACAACUGCUGGUAUUAAGACUAGUGACGCUCCAUUAUUGCAGGAGAAUUCAGAAGUGUCGACGAAUCCUAAAAAGCUUGAAAGUUUGCUUGCACAGGCAGAAGACGAAGAUGAUGUGAGGGCAGCGAAACUAGCAUUGAAGGAAGUUGACCUUGAUAAUGAAGAUUUUGAAGAAGUAGGUGGCUCGAAUGACCGUAAGGGCAACGGAGAAGAAGAUGAUGAAUAUGAAGGAACAGGUCAUGUUGAAGAGUACAUGAUAAGAUUCAUUGCUAAUGGUUAUUAUUACUGA